CUGAACGGAUCGAUCGACCGACCCAGCUCCCCCACUCAUCCUCUGUUCGUCUCCAGCGCAGUGGCUGUGCAGCCACUCCGGCGGGCGGCGCCGUUGCACGGCGACUCCAGCGGCUCUGGAGGCGCGGAGACCCCAUCCACCAGGAAGCAACCGCAGGCGGCUCGGCUAUUCCGGCACUACGGGCGCCGCUAUUCCCCCAGCACCACGGGCCCGGCGGCGAAUCUGGCAAGCACGGGUGCCGCACCUCCGGCGACUAGUCGUACUGUUCCCGGCCGGCGUGGACCAAAGGGAUGAUGAGGCUCCCUCCGACUGGAUGUCCAGAAUGUGGACGAGAAGAAUUGAGCCUGAAGCAGUCGGCUACAUCUCUGAACCCGGGCAAAUAUUCAGUGGAAUGGCAAGGAUAUGAAGUGGAAUGCCUAAGGAAUGGCAAGGAUUUGAAGGUGAAAGAGUGGUGUUUCUUCAUGUGGCUGGACAAGUACUUGGACAUGGUCGAGGAAAUUUGGAUGAUAAAUGUGCUCAUCGUGGGCACUGCGGCUGCUCACCGCGUGUCACAAGGGCUGAAAUUGAUGCUACAAGAGCUCAAAUUGAUGCUAUUUGGGUUGAGACUACAGCACUGGAUCGACGUAUCGAGAAGUUGGCUGCCCAAAAUGCACAGCUUCAGGUUUUAGUGUACUUUCUUUUCGUCAUUCUUCUUCUAGUGUUGCUAGUGAAACUAGUGAAGUAGAAUAUCUGCACAAUGGAUUGUGUUCACUUUGUCGAAUUGGACAGACAUGUCGGACUUGUUGGUUCUGUUGAGAUAUGUAGAGUUUGGAGAAAUUUCAAGUU